UCGUGUUUUUGGUCGCUCGGUGACCGGCUGUGCCGUUUGUGCCGGUGCCCUUACGAGUUACGUACUUUGCUACAUUAAUAUCGUGCCUAUGCCAACUACGAACUUCAUCGUUAAACUUAAGGACAUUGUGAAAAAAAGUGUUUUGGUGUGGAAAAUGGAUUUAUCGUGCGGAGAGAAUCUACAAAAUUCUGGAAAUAAUAGCAACAGCAGUGGACGAGCAGAUAUGUGCAUCGCAGGUCCAGAUCGGGCCCUAGACCGGAAUCCACACCUUCUCACCAACCUUCUGUCUCUGGAAAGAUUUCACGCUUUGCACACGGACUACUUUCAAAAUGUUCAAAUAGAUAUACAGCCAUUUAUGCGGAAGGUUGUGACUACAUGGAUGUUGGAGGUUUGCGAAGAGCAGCAAUGUGAGGAGCAGGUGUUCCCGCUGGCCGUGAGCUACGUGGACAGGUUUUUGGCGCAGGUCGCCAUCUCGCGCCAGCAGCUGCAGCUCCUGGCGGUCACUGCUCUGCUGGUAGCCUCCAAGUUCCGUCAAUGCCAUCCACUGUCCAUCGACCUUCUAUGUGCCUACACGGACAACUCGGUGUUCCCACAUGAAGUUCGACAAUGGGAAAUGAUGUUGGUGCAACGUAUGAACUGGCAGCUAUCAAUCGCCACAGCAUUUGACUUUGUAGAGCCAAUGCUGGCCAGAGUGCCUUGGGGUCGAGGGAACCCACUCAUACGGACACACGCUCUUACACUCACUUCAGUAUGUUAUACAGAAACUGAGCUUCUACUAGUACCACCAUCUCUGAUUGCUGUGGCGUGCAUCACAGCCGCUGCCCGAGGUCUAAGAGUACGUAUGUCUGUGAGUGACCUGUGUUUGCUCACGAGAUCGCCGCCUGUUGCUGCAGAAUUGGUGGCAAGACACGUGGAAAGAGUCCUUGCUAGGGAGACCCAAGCUCCAGAACCAAGGGCCAGACACGUUCAACCCGUGAAGCAAACGACAUCAGACCAGACCCAACUCCCCGACACGCCCACAGAUGUCCAAGAUGUUCGUUUUUGAUUUUAUAUUCAGGCUAAAGUUCAAUAAGUGUCUUUUUGCAUCAUUGUCGUGAGGUAAAAAAGCUAAUCAAAUAUGAAUGAGGAUUGUUUAUCGGAUACGUAUGCUUUAGUAAAUUGUUAUUUUUGUUCUUAAAAUCUUGAUUGAUAAUUGGCAAUUAAGUACUCAAAUCUCAAACUCAAUAUUCUCAUUGCCUCUAUGACAUAGAUAUGAAGUUAACACGUAUAAGUCAAUUGAUCUCAUCGGCAUUGAUGGAAUCAGUUUCUAAAGAUUUCAUUGUUACAUUUUUUUCGUCUUGCACCUGGGCGUACAACAAAAGUUUUUGGUUGAAAAACAGUUUAUUUAUUUUGUUUUUCUCAAUAGUACGGACCUAACGUCGCAAAAACGUCCAUUGAUCUCAAAUUAUUAUUUAAAAGCACUAGUGUAGAUUUGUGUUAUUUAUUAAUGGUAUAUUUGUUAAUAUUAGGUACAUUAUUUAUUAUAGAUCAGUUUGACGGUGUUUCAAAUAAUGGAGUUGUAAGCUAUAUUAGGUAUAAGGAUUUUUUUUUUGUAAAUUAUGAUCUCUGAUUACUCCAAAAAAUUAUACAUAGUAAGACUGUUUUCGUCUCAAGCAUUUUCUAGCCAAAUAUUCGAAAUGUACGCGUCCAUUUUUGGAGGACAUAUUAUGACAUUGUUAUGUACGUAAUAUUUGUAUAAAUUUAAUACAUAAAAUUAAUAGUUUCAAUGUAUAAAAGACAUUAUUAUGAUGAUUAUUUUGUGUCAUAGUAAAUCAUAAUUUAUUAUUGAAAUAGGAUCUCAGUUAGCGAAUUCCAAAUAAACAAUGAAAUGUCUGUAAAGAAUAAUGUGUUUAGUUUUUAGUUUUACUGAUUUGAGUGAAAAUGUUAAAGUAUGUAAUGUUUAUUUAGGUCGAUGUUAAGUUUUAGUAAAUUCUAGUCACAUGUUUUACACAUUCCUGUUAUCGACCAAACUUAUUCGUAGAUUUAAUUACUAAUAUAAUACUUUAUUUGUAUUUAGAUAUAUAAGCCGCGACAAUUUGCCUUUCACAUUUAAUUUGGACAGUAAAAGCACUAUUUUUAUUGCCUAAGAAUAUUUUUCGCCCUUUAAUAAUGAAGUACACUUUGUACGUUGUAUUGUUUCUGAAAAUUUAACUAGGGCAACCAAAAUUGUACCCACUCCCGGUUUUAGUUGUUGAUAGGUGUAUGAUAUGUUAUUUGUAAUACUCAUUAAAUAUCUUCGAACUAGUGGAGGCAAAUUGAAACCUUCAUAAAUAAUUGAUUUAUAUCUUUCGUUAGUUUAAUGUGUUGUGUAAAGUUAAACAUUAAGUAGAGGGAAUUGAAGCAUCGAAGUGGCACGGCGUGUCUAUUGUCUAUCGUUACGCUGUCUUGAUUAAGCUAAUUAAUACAACCGAUAGCAAAGCUCUUGAAAAUUUCCAAAAAAAUAUGAAAGUUCAUGUUAAAGGCUCUUCAUUAACUCAAGAUUCGUUCCUUGAUUAUUAUGUGUUACCAAAACCCACUGAACUAGCAAUGUUAACGUAUUUUACCUUCACUAUAAAUAUAUAAUUAUGAAACAUUUAAUUGAAGGGCUUUUUAAAAAAGGAUUUUGUUUUUGGCACAUAAUAUGUAAAAAUAAAGCACAAAUAUUUUUUGUUUAUAUACUUUUAUGUUAGUUGCUACAACUAAGUUAGGCUAACUUAAGGUGUACAGUUAUGCUGAAAUGUUGUGAAGUUUCCUAAAAGAAAUAAAAUGUAAAAACACGAA